UUCUAUUCUAUUAGGACCACGAAAUCUGAGGUUGGUACCAUCAUCAUAUAAACUUGACCCGUAUUAACAUAAAUUUUGGGUAGUCGCAAUUGAGUAGGGGAAAUAUUAAAUAACUAUAUAAACGUAAUUUUCUUCAUUGAUUUUAUUACAGUAGUUAGUGUGGUACCAAAAAAAAAAAAAAUGUUCGCCAAAAUCGUAGUAUUCUCCGGUCUUCUGGCCAUAGUUCUCAGUGCACCGGCCGAACCAGAACCCGUACCAAUUAUCUCGCAAAAUUCCGACAUCCAACCCGACGGCAGUUUCAAAUGGGACUUCGAAUCCGCCGACGGUACCAAACAAGAACAAAGCGGUGCAAUUAAAGCUGGUGCCGAACCCGACGAAACAGUUUCGGCAGUUGCAGGCUCCGUCAGCUGGACCGACCCAGAUGGCCAAAAGCACGAAUUGAAUUACGUUGCUGAUGAAAAUGGGUUCCAACCUCAAGGUGCUGAUGUUCCAGUAGCUCCAGAAAUUCCUGCUCAGAUUGCCAGGGCUCUGGAAUGGAUCGCCAAUCAUCCUGAACCAGAAGAACCUGCGAAGCAAUGAGUAGUUUUGAGUGAAUUAUUGUAAAAAAAAAAUAAUGAGGUAACUCGACUGUGUUUUUGUUUAUUGUCAUUAUUAUUAUUACUGCCAUUUUUACAUUUGUUUUUUAAAUAUAUUGCAUAAUUUU